AUGAAUAAAGAUGGACUUGAAACUAAAUUGAAUUUUCUUUAAUAGGAAGUAAGAUAACUUCAGGAAGAAAAUAAAGAACUCAGAUAAUUACUCUUAUUAAACAAAGAAGUGAUAAAAAUUCAAAAAGAAUGUACAUUUAAUUCUGUACUAUUUUGAAACUAUAUUAUAAGCAACCAAGUACAAAUAAUAGUAGAAAAGAGGAUAUCUAUAUAAAAUAAUGUGAAAAUAAUUCUGAAAGAGGAUUCUAAUCAUUAUUUUCUUAAUUGUAUGAAGAAAAUAAUUAAUUAUAUGCUCUUAAUGAAGUAAUUGCAAAAUAAAGAGAUGAAGCAAGAAGCUAAGUAUUUAUGUAAUUUAUUAAAGGCUUUAAUCUUUGAAUAAAUUUGUGAAGAUUCAAAUCAACGUAAUAUGGAACUUUAAUUGGAGAGACAGAAUCAAUUAAUAGAUUUAUAAAGAAAAUUAAAUGAGAAAGAUCAAUAAUUGAUUACAUUGACUGAGAAAUUGUUUGAAUUUUAGAGCAAAAAGAAGAUUAAAUAAAAGAUAGUAUUGAAAUCUAAAUAUUAGUUUAAAGAUGGUUUCCCCAACUGAAGAUGUAUUUGCAGUAUUGAAUUAAAUAGAAUAGAUGAGAAUGUUGAUAGGCUAAUUAAUUAAAGAAAAUAAGUAAUUAAAAGAUGAGAAGAAUAAGAUAUAAAUUCUGAUUGAUGUUCUACAAAAAUAAGCAUAAAAAAAUAAAUCAGAUUAUACACCUCCAAUACUAUCUCCAGAUAGAAGUAAUGAUGAAAGUCCUAAAAAUCAAUAUAACAUUAAAGAUAAUAAAUAAGUAUCAGGUGCAAAAGUUGAUGAUUCAAGUUAUGUCGAAAUAUUGCCAGCUAAAGUUAAUGUGUAAUUUUAAAAAAAUUCUAAUAUGUUUGUACCAAAACUUGAUUUAGCAAAGGCAUAAAAAUUACAAUAAUUAAACAUAUAAAAGUAAGAGGAAAUUGAAGAAAAAGAGGAGAUAGAAGUUAAAGCAUUUAAACUUUAACAGUAAGUAAAAAACAAUUAGCAAAAAGCUUAAACUCCAUCAGCUGGCAAUGCUUUAAAUAUGUUUGCUAGUCCAAAUAAAUUAUGUGUCUAAUUGAAUUAAUUAAGCGACUAAAAUAAAGCAUUAUAAAAAGAACUUGCUUAAUGUAGAUAGAAAUUAUAAGAUGAAAUUCUACUCUCAAAAACUUUGGAAGAUUAAGUAAGUGAAUUAGAAAGAAGAAUUAUUGAUUUAGAAAGUGUUAAUGAAAUCUUAAUUAAUUCACAAACUAAAUAUGAAUAAAAAUGGUAAAAGAUACACUUAUAAUACAUUACUUAUAAAGAAUAUUUUGAAGCCAAUGAUUAAGUAUAUGAAAGUUCAAGAGAAAAUAGACAAACUUUAUAAACUAUGAUGAGUAUACCUAUGUCAGCAAAGCAUCGAAAAUCAAACAUAUCUCAAAAUUUAAGAGAGAUUGCUUAUUCUCUAUACAAUAAAUGUAAGAUUGAGGAAAGACUCAAAAAUAUAGAAUUUAAAAAUGUAUCAAAUAAGAAAAGAUCAUCAUCACUUUGA